AUGUCUGAUAACUUCCUAAUGCCGCCAAAUGGCGACAACUCAGUACCAGCCUCGCCCACAACCAACACCAUCUUCAAGGCCAAAGGGAUUGUCGUAUUCUCCGGCGGCAGUGCAGCCAACAGCCUGGUCGAUGUAUUCAAGACUGUGCGGGAGGGCAAGAAGUGUCCGCUGAGCUACGUCAUCCCUAUCAGUGACAAUGGCGGGAGCUCGUCUGAGCUCAUCCGUGUCUUUGGCGGACCAGGUCGACUCGUUCGCCUCAUUCCAGAUGACCCAGAUCACGACGACAGCGAAAAAGCGGCCAUCAAAACUUUCUUUAACCACAGGCUACCCAAAGAGCGCGCUUCUGCUCGCGAAGAAUGGCAGCAAAUUAUAGAAGCUGAACAUGCGCUCUGGAGUAACAUUUCUACAGCGAAGAAAGAGCUGGUGCGAUCGAUACUCAACGUCGUCGCAUACGAGAUAGUCAAGCGUCGCCGGCCCUCCUCCAGCUUUGACUUUUCGGGUGCUAGCAUUGGCAACCUUUUUCUCACUGGCGCUCGACUCUUUACCGGCUCAUUCGAAUCGGCCAUCUACCUUCUCUCCAGUGUUUGUUCAGUUCCCAGUCAUACUUCAGUUCUCCCUGCAAUCAAUACCAAUUUCACCCAUCACAUCUCUGUUGGUCUUGCCAAUGGCGACGUCAUCACCGGUCAAAACUCCAUAUCGCAUCCAUCCGUAUCAACGGCUUUGGUAUUCGCCGGUGCACCGACCGAGAUUGAUGAGACCGAACAGCACGAUCGCAUUGAAGAUGCCAAUCUACCAGGUUCUUUGCCUACACUUCGCAAGCAGUACAUCACCUUCUCAAAGGCCGACGAGGAAGAGUUGCCUGCAAGGAUCGAGAGGCUGUGGUACAUCAAUCCCUACGGCCAAGAGAUUCGUCUAUCCGCAAAUCCAAUGGUGUUAAAUGCUCUCAAGGAUGCACAGGCAGUGGUGUAUAGCAUCGGUUCAUUAUACACGUCGAUAAUCCCUUCGCUGGUACUAAAAGGCAUUGGACAAGCCAUCAGCAACCCCUUGAUCCGCUAUAAGAUUCUCAUUCUCAAUUCCACAAUCGACCGCGAAACAGGGCCGUCCUCCAAUCCGUACUCCGCGCUAGACUUUGUCGCAUCCAUUGCGAAGGCGGGUGAGGACUCGAAGGGUAUCUUUGGGCCUGUUGACAUGAGCAAAUACAAAGAAUACGUGACACAUGUCAUUCAUCUGCAGGGACCAGGCACGCCAGCCGUGAACCGUGAAGAGCUGAAGACUAUUGGCAUUGAGGCGAUUAGAUUGUAUGGAAGGACAAACAAGGGAGAAAACUUUGUUCGGUACGACAAGCGGGGGUUGAUUCAGGCGCUGGAGGUUACCAUGGGUAAGAGAGACCCACGGGUACCCAGCCGACGUAACACUUUAGAGGGGCCGACGAGGUAG